AUAUAAAGUAGCGCGGGCAACCGACCAAAGCCAGUUCUGUGCAACGGAAUCCCUUUCGCUCUACGUAAAAACAGUCGCUAGCAAAUCGCGUUACCGAAAGUGCCGAUUGGGGGUUUUAGUGUCGAAAAUAGUUGCUAUACAUCUUAAUUAACAGAGUUGCCCUGUGGUUUGCUUCACGAUGGCGUACUGUAUGCGAGUUUUGCAUCGCCAAGGAAGCAAAGCCAGCAGCUUGUUCUUAAACGAAGUGCAAGUGCGAUGUUUCCACAUUUCACCAUUAGCGGCUGCCGCCGUAAAGACGGCAAUGUCCAAAUUUGAUCCCGAACCGUUGCCCUACGAAAAGCUUCUUAAAAACCUAGAAAUAGUCAAAAAGCGGCUAAAUAGACCUUUGACUCUGUCGGAGAAAGUGCUCUAUUCCCACAUAGACCAACCCGAGACGCAAGAAAUAGAACGUGGCAAAUCCUAUCUACGUCUGCGUCCCGACCGCGUGGCCAUGCAGGACGCGACCGCGCAAAUGGCCAUGCUCCAGUUCAUCUCGAGCGGCCUGAAAAAGGUCGCGGUCCCAAGCACUAUCCAUUGCGACCACUUGAUCGAAGCCCAGAUAGGAGGCGACAAAGAUCUGGCGCGGGCCAAGGACCUCAACAAGGAAGUCUACGAGUUUCUGAAAACGGCCGGCAAUAAAUAUGGCGUCGGGUUCUGGAAGCCCGGAUCCGGAAUCAUUCACCAGAUCAUACUCGAAAACUACGCGUUUCCCGGCUUACUCAUGAUCGGUACCGAUUCCCACACGCCCAACGGUGGCGGCCUGGGCGGCUUGUGUAUCGGCGUGGGCGGAGCCGACGCCGUCGACGUCAUGGCGAACAUUCCCUGGGAGCUAAAGUGUCCCAACGUCAUCGGGGUACACUUAACUGGCAAACUAUCCGGCUGGACGUCACCCAAAGACAUCAUUCUCAAAGUCGCGGAUAUUUUAACCGUCAAAGGUGGCACCGGGGCUAUCGUCGAGUACUACGGGCCCGGUGUCGACUCCAUUUCUUGUACAGGCAUGGCGACGAUUUGCAACAUGGGCGCAGAAAUCGGCGCAACCACGUCCGUGUUUCCGUACAAUCAACGCAUGGCCGAUUAUUUGAAAGCCACGCGGCGCGACGACAUCGCCAAAGAGGCCGACAAGGUACAAAAGGUGUUGCUGAACUCCGACGAGGGUUCGCACUACGAUCGGGUGAUCGAAAUCAAUCUGGACACCCUCGAGCCUCACGUGAACGGCCCGUUCACGCCGGAUUUGGCCAGUCCGAUCAGCAAAUUGGGUCAGAACGCGAAAAAGAACGGUUGGCCUGUCGAUAUCAAAGUCGGACUGAUUGGGUCCUGCACCAACAGCUCGUACGAGGACAUGGGUCGCUGUGCUAGUAUCGCUAAAGACGCGAUGAAACACGGCUUAAAGUCGAAAAUUCCUUUUAACGUGACCCCCGGGUCGGAGCAGGUGCGCGCCACGAUCGAACGCGACGGCAUCACGAAAACGUUCACCGAAUUUGGCGGUACUGUCUUAGCGAACGCUUGCGGUCCAUGCAUCGGUCAAUGGGACCGCAAAGACGUGAAAAAGGGUGACAAAAACACGAUAGUUACGUCAUACAAUAGGAACUUUACGGGUCGUAACGAUGCCAAUCCUGCGACGCACGCGUUCGUUACAUCUCCGGAACUAGUCACCGCUCUGAGCAUUGUCGGAAGCCUGGAUUUCAAUCCACUCACUGACGAACUUACUGGUGCCGACGGUAAGAAAUUCAAGUUGUCGUCACCCUACGGAGACGAGUUGCCCAGCAAGGGAUUCGAUCCCGGUCAAGACACCUACGAACAUCCCGUUGCUGACGGCAGCAACGUCUCCGUCAAGGUCGACCCGAAAUCCCAACGUCUGCAGCUCCUCGAACCGUUCGACAAGUGGGACAACAAAGACAUGGAAGACAUGGUCGUCCUGAUCAAAGUCAAAGGCAAGUGCACUACAGACCACAUCUCGGCAGCCGGGCCUUGGCUCAAGUAUCGCGGCCACCUGGACAACAUCUCCAAUAACAUGUUCAUCGGCGCGACGAACGCGGAAAACGGCGAAAUGAAUAAAAUCAAGAACCGACUAACGGGAGAAUGGGGCUCCGUGCCCGACGUCGCCCGUUACUACAAAUCCAAAGGUGUCAGGUGGGUCGCGGUCGGAGACGAAAAUUACGGCGAGGGCUCUUCGAGAGAGCACGCGGCACUCGAGCCCCGACAUUUGGGCGGACGCGCCAUAAUCGUCAAAUCGUUCGCGCGGAUUCACGAAACUAACCUCAAAAAGCAAGGUCUGUUGCCGUUAACGUUCGCCGAUCCCAGCGAUUACGACAAGAUCCAGCCUACCGAUAAGAUCAGUCUGAAAGGUUUAAAAGAUCUAAAACCCGGCAAACCUGUGGUGUGCGAAGUGAAACACGCCGACGGAUCGGUGGACAACAUUUACCUGAACCACACCUUGAACGACUUGCAGAUCACGUGGUUCAAGGCGGGCAGCGCGUUGAAUAGAAUGAAGGAGUUGUCGGGUAAUUGAGGCGGAGAAUUUUUAAUGGAUAUUCCGGGAUAGAAGGAACUCGUUUCUGGAGUUAAGGCUAGUUUAAGUAGCGCGAAACGAUCGGAUCCGGCGCCGCCCCGCGUUUUAGGGAAAUACCGUAAUUUAAGUUCUAUUGUACAGACGUUUUGAGACAAUAAAAAUUUAUUUAUGU